UUUGAGUGUUGUCUCACUGUCUGCUGCGUAAUUUUUGACUAGAUAGAUAAACGUAUUAAUAAAGUUGCAAAGCAAAUUUCCAAUCCGAAGUUAUAGGCGCAAUUUAAACAAACUAAUCGAUAACACUAAUUAUUGAUCAGUUCUUUAAAAUUAGUGUCCCGCAUCAUUCUGUCGAUGUCAUACUAAUUCAUUGUAGUUUGAAAUGAAGGGACCUGAAAUUCAAACAGAGGUAGAUUUCCUUGUUAAACUGAAAGGUGGACCAGGUGGAAAUCAGUCAUGGGAUCCGGAACCAGCAUUACUCAUAAUACCAAUAGUUAAAUCAGAUUCAGUGGAACUAAGCACAAUUUUGUUUGAUGCAUGUUUCUACAUAAUUCUUGCAAUUCUUAUAUUGGGAAAAAUUUUCGUUAUUUAUCGAUACCUUUAUAAGCUUUGUAAUUGUAUACUUAGAAGAUUGUUUUUAAGUGACCCAACCAGUUCAGUGGAACCAGAGGAUUGGAAUAAAACAUCUAUUAAUGACUAUACAUCAAACACAGUAGAAUAUAUUCUGCAAUCACCUGAAGAACAGAAGCUUUUCACUGAUGAUUAUAAAGAAUUAAUGAAGGUAUUAAAUUUUGUUGAUGAACAUAGUCGUGAAUCAUGAAUGUUACCAAUAGUAAUGCUAAAGGAAACAAUUUCUGUAAUACGAAAG